AUUAGAUUGUCAAAAUAACACAACAUCUGGACAGAUGAUGACUUAAAACGGGGGGGGAUACAAAUCACCAACAAUGGCCAAUACAGGUGUGUGCUGUGCCAGCCUGGAGAAGCCCAAGGCCCUGAUGAAGAUGGGCCUGAGUAUGGUGCUUGUAGGACACGUCAACUUCCUGCUGGGGGCGCUAGUCCACGGGGCUGUGCUGCGACACAUCAACCUGAACACACGAGCACGCACCGUGGCGUACUCCAUAUCUAACGUAGUGGCACUCACAACAGGACUAGUGGGUGUUGUUGUAGGAAUCCUGGCCAUCAUCCUGUCUAAUAACAAGAAGAGCAGAGUGCUGAGCAUGACGCUGAUCCUGUGGGUUCCUCUGAUCGUGACCUGUAUUGUCCAGCUGGUUUUCUCAGCGCGGUGUUUCUCUGUGUGUGUAUCGUUCCUGGGUCUACCCUGCCUCCCUCACAAGAUCAGGCUCAGGGACCACGGUAGAGCGAUGAACACGGUAGUACCCGCAGAGCCGCCCUCUCUCACUAGCUCAGUACCUCCCCUUCAUCUACACCUUCUUCAGUUGGACCCGUCUCAUCUCAAGUCCCAGCGGCAGCCUCUUCCUCCUCCUCCUCUUCAUCACUCUAACCCGUCUCAUCUCAAGUCCCAGCGGCAGCCUCUUCCUCCUCCUCCUCUUCAUCACUCGGACCCGUCUCAUCUCAAGUCCCAGCGGCAGCCUCUUCCUCCUCCUCCUCCUCUUCUUCAGUCGGUCCCGUCUCAUCUCAAGUCCCAGCGGCAGCCUCUUCCUCCUCCUCCUCCUCGUCUUUAUCACUCGGACCCGUCUCAUCUCAAGUUCCAGCGGCAGCCUCUUCCUCCUCCUCCUCCUCUUCUUCAGUCGGUCCCGUCUCAUCUCAAGUCCCAGCGGCAGCCUCUUCCUCCUCCUCCUCCUCGUCUUCAUCACUCGAACCCGUCUCAUCUCAAGUCCCAGCGGCAGCCUCUUCCUCCUCCCCGUCUUCAUCACACGAACCCGUCUCAUCUCAAGUCCCAGCGGCAGCCUCUUCCUCCUCCUCUUCAUCACUCGGACCCGUCUCAUCUCAAGUCCCAGCGGAAGCCUCUUCCUCCUCCUCCUCCUCUUCAUCACUCGGACCCGUCUCAUCUCAAGUCCCAGCGGCAGCCUCUUCCUCCUCCUCUUCAUCACUCGGACCCGUCUCAUCUCAAGUCCCAGCGGCAGCCUCUUCCUCCUCCUCCUCUUCGUCACUCGGGCCCGUCUCAUCUCAAGUCCCAGCGGCAUCCUCUUUGUCCUCCUCUUCAUCACUCGUAUCCGUCUCAUCUCAAGUUCCAGCGGCAGCCUCUUCGUCCUCAGCAUCAGAAUCAGAGAGGAAGGUCAGGCAGGUGGUCUGAAGGGAGGCAGCUGGUUCCCCCAGAGGGACAUGAGCUGCUGGAACAAGGUUCCCAACAGAGAUCCAGCUUCUGGAUAUAAUGAUGAUGACGAUGGACACCCAGAUACGGCUCCAUAGAGCGUCUAUAUGAUCCCUAACCCAGAUACGGCUCCAUACCCCGUAAAUAAAAUCCCUAACCCAGAUACAGCUCCAUACCCCGUCUAUAUAAUCCCUAACCCAGAUACGGCUUUAUACACCGUCUAUAUGAUCCCUAACCCAGAUACGGCUCCAUAGCCCGUCUAUAUAAUCCCUAACCCAGAUACGGCUCCAAACCCCGUCUAUAUAAUCCCUAACCCAGAUACGGCUUUAUACACCGUCUAUAUGAUCCCUAACCCAGAUACGGCUCCAUAGCCCGUCUAUAUAAUCCCUAACCCAGAUACGGCUUUAUACACCGUCUAUAUAAUCCCUAACCCAGAUACGGCUCCAAACCCCGUCUAUAUGAUCCCUAACCCAGAUACGGCUCCAUACCCCGUCUAUAUAAUCCCUAACCCAGAUACGGCUUUAUACCCCGUCUAUAUAAUCCCUAACCCAGAUACGGCUCCAUACCCCGUCUAUAUAAUCCCUAACCCAGAUACGGCUCCAUAGCCCGUCUAUAUAAUCCCUAACCCAGAUACGGCUCCAUAGCCCGUCUAUAUAAUCCCUAACCCAGAUACGGCUUUAUACCCCGUCUAUAUAAUCCCUAACCCAGAUACUGCUCCAUUCCCCGUCUAUAUAAUCCCUAACCCAGAUACGGAUCCAUACCCCGUCUAUAUAAUCCCUAACCCAGAUACGGAUCCAUACCCCGUCUAUAUAAUCCCUAACCCAGAUACCAGAAUUUUGACUUCGACACCAGGUUGAGUAUCACGAUACUCGAUUGAAAAAACUGAUACCACAACAAAACAAAGAAGGCAUAUUAGUCAAAGUUACAGAAUGACACUUGAGCGAGACAAAUAAACUCAGCAACUGCUCUGUU